CCUGCCAGUGCGAACCGUAUCACACGCCGAGCCUCGACCGAUUAAUGUGCAUCCCCACCGUCGGACGAUUCUGCGCCAACGACACCACGUGUGCAUCGAUGAUGAAUGCGGAGUGCAGGCAGGGCUCAUGCAUCUGCAAGGACGAUUUCAUCCAAGACAUCCGUAAUGCCUCGAGAUGCAUCAGCAGGCCCGUUCAAAUCGGCGACGAAUGCCAGUCAGAAGGUGUGUGCAUGGAGAAAUUCAACUAUGCGAACUGCAUCAACGGGAAAUGUCAGUGUUUCACGGGCCACCAUUAUGUAAAUGAGACGAAAAGCUGCGUUAAAAGCAGAGGUUUGUACUUUUCCUGCUUGAAAAACUACGAAUGCUACUUGGACAGCCAGUCUUUGGACAUCUUGGAGUGUAAGCGAGAGCAAUGCGUCUCCGAGCACUUCAACAACACAAUCACAUGGUGUACAGUCUCUGAGAGUGAGCAGAAUAAAUGCGAGGCAUUCUCCAGGGCGGUCGAACGUGAAAAGUCCUUCUUCGAUUACAACUAUAUGGUUAUAUACUGUAAGCGAGCUUUCGACAAGGAUGAGUGUAUGACUAUGUUGGACCAUGAAGUGGUACAGAUAACAACACUGGAUGCCGGAGAGGUCUUCACGGCUGGACGAUACCACAGUAUCAUACCCAUAAUGCAAGAGAUGUACCAAGGUGGUAUAAAUUACCAGUAUGCCGUUGCAGUGAUCAAAGAUAACACUCUGCUUGAUGUGCAGAGUUUACAUGACUUGAGAGGCAAGAAGGCCUGUUUUGCCGGUGUUGGGACUCUGGCGGGUUGGGUCAUUCCUGUUAAUACUCUUAUGAAACACGGAGGACUGGAACUUAUCGACUGUAACAACCACGUGCAGUCCACGAUCAAGUACUUCGGGCCUAGCUGUGCGGUGAAUUCGUUAAUCGACCGAUACAAUCCACUUGGUGACAAUUCUGACCAGUUGUGUCAGCUGUGCAUCGGAGAGGUGCCCAGCAGCAAGUGCACCAGCCAAGAUCCUUAUGCAGGAUACGAGGGGGCUUUACGUUGCUUGGUCGAAGCUGGUGAAAUUGCCUUCUUGGUGCAUACCUCCGUGGAGGAAAUGACUUCAACCACAUUCGACUUCGUUCAAAAGAAGAAGGAUGACUUUAAAUUGCUGUGCAAGGACGGCACCCGCCGGUCCGUGGACGAAUACAGGAUCUGUAAUUGGGGCCGCAUGCCGUCCCGCGCGGUGGUCAUGUCUUCGGCGAUCAAGUUCGAGAUCCGCCGAUUGUAUCAGAAAUUCCUGGAGAAGGCGGUUCGGGUAUUGCACAGAAAUAAAAAUGAGACUGGCUAUCCGUCGAACGAUCACUUCGACAGCAACCAAAACGACUACGAGAAUCGCUCGGGUUACAAGUACGGCGACAACGGCUUCAACACUGUUAGAAACGGGGGUUUCGACUAUCCGUACGACUACAGCACGGAAAGCCCGUCUUACAACCACAACCGAGAAUACACGUCGAACGAGCCUACGAAUGUUCAGCCCAUAGAAAUGUUCGAUUUGUUCGAGUCGGCGCCGAGAUACGGGAUUCAUCAUAACUUGAUCUUCUCCGACGCCACUAUUAACUUCGUGCAUCUGCCCGAGAAAGAUCAAAAGUACGAAAGCUACUUGGGACGGUCCCUGGAUGACAUACUGGGAGUACGUCGUUGCCCUGUAAAUCGGAUGACGUUGUGCGUCACGUCCGAUCCUGAAAUGGACAAAUGCAUAAAAAUGAAGAUAGCCUUGAAAGCUCAGCUGCUGGAACCGGAAUUAUUUUGUUAUCGAGGCUUCAGUCAGAUAAACUGCAUGCAGUCUAUCCACAGCGGAAUUGCGGACGUUGCCGUGUUGGACGCCAGCGACGUCUACACUGCCGGACAGCGCUUCGAACUGAUCCCGAUUAUAUCGGAAGUUUACAACCUUGGCUCGCCGGAUUAUUACGUCGUCGCCGUAGCCAAGGAGGAGGACGACAAUACGGAUCUGACUUAUCUCAAGAACAAAAACACCUGCCAUACUGGUAUCAACACCGCCGCUGGCUGGGUGUAUCCGCUGGCCUAUCUCAUCUCCAAUCAGUGGAUCAGGGGAUACGGUUGCGAUUCUGUGCGCGCCGCCGCCGAAUAUUUCUCCAAGUCGUGCGUGCCGGGUGCGCUCAGCACCGAGUAUAAUAUAGACGUGCCUUACGACAACAUGUGCGAUCUGUGCCACGGGGCGAGUUACCGGUACUGCCGCCGAGACGCAUCGGAGGAUUACUUCGGCUACACGGGUGCCUUCAGGUGCCUGGUGGAGGGUGGCGGUGACGUGGCCUUCGUGAAGCACACGACGGUGAUGGAGAACACCGACGGCAAGCGGAAGGAGUUCUGGGCGCGCAACACCUUCACGAAGGACUUCGAGCUGCUCUGCCCGGACGGCACGCGUCGUCCUACCACGAGCUACGCCAAGUGCAACCUCGGCAAGGUGGCCGCGAACGCGAUAGUCACGCGCGGCGGUUACUACGGUUACAACGAAACGCAGAUCAACGCGUACAUCAAUCUCUUCAUAUACGCCCAGCAGUUCUACGGCAGCAAGGAGCUGGACGAGUUCAGCUUCAGCAUGUACUACAGCGUGCCGCCUUACAGCGACCUCAUAUUCCAGGACGCCACGCAACAGCUGGUGGUCGUGCCGAUGGAGAAGCGAGAGUACAGCCGCUACCUCGGGCCAGACUUCAUGCGGGCACGGAGAAUCGUGGAUUGCAACGCGGGCGCGUCCGCCAUCAGUUACUCGUUGUUCGCCACGGUGGUUAUGAUCGUGUUUACAUUUGUAUACGGUAGAUAGAAUGCGGUAGUAGCAGCAUACCGUUAUUUGCAGCUCCGCUUCUCACAUCACGAAUAUACUCGAUUCGCGUUCUAGUUCACAAAAAUCUCAACAAGCAGGACACAACAGAUGUAUCUUUCGAUGCGGAAACGCGAGGUUGACAGUGACCGUGCCGGUAUCAUAGGCAAUGUUGAGGCAAUAUCACUGCGAUGUGUGAGCUGUUGUUGUUGAUAUUAUGAAAUUAUACAUUUCGAUAUCAGUCGGAUGAUGAGCGCGUUCAGAAAACAUAACGGCUAUGCAACCGUCGAGUGAUGAUCGCCUUCGGUAUUCUUUUAAAACCAUGGUUGACACAAAAGAAUAUUUCCAAUGAUUGAAAUAUGAUAUCUGGAAAAGUGAUGAAUGGAAAAGUAUGCCUGAGAGACAGAUAGAUGUCUAGGAUAACCUAUCUCUUAUUAAAGAGAAUAUAUAUGCGUAUAUGACAAAGAAAGAAUGCCUUAAAAUUGGCCUCUCUGUCGGCUUUUUGAAACUUUAAUGCCUCUUCCAGACACUUCAGUGCAGCGAGCGCUCACUCAACUUUUGUGUUUGCUGAACGCAGCCAUUAUUUUAUGAACUCUACACGUGUUUCGAGAGAGAAAGAUAGAUAGAGUCGUGACAGUACAAAUGACUGACAGCAGUAGAAAUAAUAAUGUACGGACAUUCCACGAAUCUCGAAACAUCCGUCCCGAUGGAGCCACAACCUCAAAAGCACAUCCGUCCAAAUGCGAGAAAUUUACGAAUCUGGUAAUUUUAAGAAUUAUUAUAUAUUUAAUAUACUUUGAUACAUAUACUUUACAUGUAUAUUUUAUACCGUCCACUAGUGUUUUUUAUUGUAAUAAAUCUAUAACUUUACCAACAGAA